AUGGUUCGUAAAACUUCAAGGCGUACCUAUCAGGCGACUUGGAGGACCUGGAUGCUGGCGAAGCGCGAGCCUGCGGUAAAAUCGCGGGCAACUUCGACGUGGACGACGGUGGGCUGCUUCUUUACUGCCCCCGCGCAGGAAGAGACGACGGUGACCGCGAUUGGCUGGCGAAGCUGGUGGUGCCGAAAGACCUACAACAAGAUGUACUUCACCAUUAUCACACGAGUCUGGAGGGAGGACAUCAAGGGGUCGGUAGAACGUACCAACGAAUCAGGACGCACUUUCACUGGCGUGGUGUAUUCAAGAGUGUGCAGCGAUACGUGGGACAAUGCACGGGUUGUGAAACCGGGAAAGGGCGUCCGACUCUACGCGUAG